GGAAAGUCCAUGUUUACCAGAGGAAAGUUGACGAACAAUCAAUAAGGUCCUGAGAUCACGUGCAGCGACAGUAUAUGCUGUUAGGGAUCUCAGUCAGGUUGAGCCCUAGAUCAAACAGUGGUCAACAUUUUGGCGUAUCGGUUAUGAUUUGUUUAUCCGACAAUGACUUCCGAUGUUGUUGACUUUGAACCACUACAACAAUGCACACGAGAGCCAUGUGGUGGUAUCCGUCCCCACUCUCUGGGAAAGAUGUCGCCAUGGCCCGGAUCAUCGGCGAAACACCCCCCACCCCAAGACGGAUAGCGACCACCUUGAACCGAGACAAGUGUCUGAGAGAGGAUCAGAAUGAGGAAGAUGUGAACGGACAAGGGCCCAUCGUGGUUUUUGUGCGGGGUGCUUCAGCGGAAGGUCGUUCUUUAAAAAGGGCCAACGCGUCGCGCCGUCUUGUGAGAGGGCAAGAAUAGCGAGAUCGAUGAUGGCGUCCAACAACAGCAUGAACUCCAUGGACAAAUCGUCCCGGUCCUCCAUGGAUCAAACCCCAAAUAGGAUUAUCGUCGGCAUUGACUAUGGGACCACAGCAACAAAGGUCAGCGUCUUUUCUGUCCAGGGUCAGGGUCGAGACAGUCUCUUUGACGUUAAGUUCAUCGACACAUGGUGGAAGGCUUCGGAAGCGCGCAAAGUCCCUUCCCGCAUCGCAUUUCAGUCCGACAAUCUAUCGUUUUCCAUGCGCUCGCCAUGCUGGGGGUUUGAGAUCGAGCAUGACAUGAAGGCAUACUCCUGGACAAAGCUUCUCCUGGAUGACCAUGUGGAACCUGCCAAGUUUGACGACGAGAUUCUGAGGAGCACGGUUUCCGGGGGAAUUGUUCGCCCGGGUCAGAAAGAGCCCGUCGACGUCGUUGCCGACUACCUAAAACACGUGCUGGACGAAGCGUGCCGCUUCAUGCGUUUGCAAGUCCCGGGGUUUGGCCAAGUCCCCGUCGACGUUCGCUUUGCCAUCCCCGCUACAUGGUCCCAGAAAGCGCGAAAAUUGAGCGAGCGCGCGAUGACCCAUGCCUGGGGUGACAGAGGACCACAGAGCACGCUGUCGCUUAUGUCUGAGCCUGAGGCGGCUGCUGAAGUGAUCUACAAGCAAUUCAGGCCCCAGCUCAAGGCUGGAGACGGGAUUUUGAUCUGCGACUGCGGCGGUGGGACCGUGGAUAUUGCGGCCUAUCUAGUGACCGAUUGCUCCAAUCUCAACUUGCUCAAGCUCACGAGCGUACAAGGGGGGAAAUGUGGCGGCACGGCCAUCGACAGUCGACUCUAUGAUCUGAUGAGGCAGCGGCUCCCCUACACAUUUGAUUCCUUAAACCACCUCAUUGCCCCUGGGAGCAAGCUCAUGAGCGCAUUUGAACUUGUCAAACAGAAAUUUGGUCAGGGUGUGCCCCGGAAGACUUAUGGGUUGCCACUUGAGCCGAGAAAAUCCAGGGAGGAUUGCACGUUGCCAUACUAUGAUCCUCAAACUAAGACAUUUACUCUUUUCUCAAAGGACAUCCAACAUUUGUUUGACCCGGUUGUUGCUAAGAUUACCGCCUUGAUUAGCUCGCAGAUCAUGGCUGCAGAUAUAGCUUACGGCUCACCAGUGAUUAAUAGAAUCUUUCUUGUUGGUGGAGUAGCCUCCUCGCCGUACAUUCAGAAAGCACUCCGCCAGUGUUUUGAAAUGUCAGGGAAGUUGGCCGUGACUGUCCCUCGCGACCUAGAUCCAGCACUCGCUGUCGCCACCGGGCUGGUACUACACGGCCUACGGACCCGCUCCCGGGAUGUGUUCGACAGUCCUCGACAUUAUGGGCUCCGGUCUUGCCGGUCACCUAGCAUGAUGCCAUGCGCUGAUGGGAACGUGCAAGUGCGGGCCGAGGAAAUGAUAUCGUGGGUGAUCGCCAAGGGUGAGGAAGUACAAGAUGGAGAGACCCGGGUUCGAACCCUCUAUCGGCCCUUCGCAGACCACGAAGCCGCGGUGAUGACAAUACACGUCUAUUCUUGUGAGGAAUGGCACCGGCCAGAGACUGCCCAGUUUGAUGUGGUCGAACACGCCGGGUCCAUCGUUGCGAAUCUCUCGGCCCUUGAUUUGAGCAGACUCUGUCGGGAGACAACUCAGGAAGGGACAGUCUACCUGCUGGAGCAUCAUGUCCAGACUACCUUUGACGCCAAUAGCGGGGCCUUACACUUUACCGUGAUGGCACUCGAUACGAUAAUCGGUACUCUGUCUCUUCCAGUACGGCGGUGAGCUGGUCCAGAUCGAGCAAACACGUCCCAGCGUGGGGAGCACGAGCAUUCAGAGGGGUCGAAGUCUGGGGGAGCCCUGUUCUAGGGUGUUAUGUUAUGUUGAU